AUUCCAAUAUGGAGGUCAAGAUAUAUUGUGUUUGGAUAUUGAAACCAUGAAUAUAACUGUUCAUCGUGAAAUGCGGCAUGAUAUGAACAAUGAAGGUGAACAGCUGGUACCUGUUGACCUUAAGUCUUAGGUGAGAGACCGGAUCUUGACUACAAUAAUUGACAAGAACCAUAUCAAGAUGGCUUCCAAGAGAAAUGAUUACAGAGACUCACUGCAAAUCUUGAACCCAUCUACCUACUUACAGUAACAGUUGACCUCUAACCUCCUUACGGGAGGAGGUGCUGACCUUGGGAUACCAUUCCAGGCAGCACUUAGUAUGUACGAGAUGAUAACGGAAACAGACAAAAUGAAUUCGGACUUGAACGGAACCAACAUGAAGACGGAGAACAUGGACAUCAAGGAGGAGGUGAAGGAGGAGCCAAAGAACCAACCAGCAUCUGAGCCAAAUAAUCACCCUAACAACCACUCAGGGCCCCCUAGCAACAAGUUAACCAAUGGUGAAACAGAUAACAAUAACCAGUUACAAGAUACUCACACGAAAAAAGGUUCUGAUCUAGCAGCAGUGAAAGAGGAGACUAAUGGUGAAGCUAGUGACGGACAUUCCAAGCCACUCCCACCCACGAAGGGCCAGUCUCAGCAGUCAGCCCCUUCUAAAACCUCUCAACCCCCAACAAACCCCCAGAUGCCCCAGAAGCAUCCCACAGCCUCUCAGCCUGUGAACUCGAAUGUGCCAUCAAUGCCCCCUCAGUCCCAACAUUCUGCUCAGCCAAUGGGGACGGGAGAGAACCCCUUCAUACAGCACCAGAGUCAAAUCUUCGUGUUCUCUACACAGCUAGCCAAUGAAGGUGCUGAACAUGUCAUGUCAGGACAGUACAAGGACCUGCUGUCCUUCCAUAUGGACUACCCCGCCACCAAAAAGUUUCUGCAGAAACAUUCAUUGAAGAUCUCUCCCUUCAGCCGGUCUGGCAUGCUGCCUCAGAUGGGCCCUAGACAUCGAAGUAUGGCCCCAAUGCGGCCGUAUGGUAACAUGAUGCGCCCGGGACCACCACACCCAACUGGCAGUGUCCAGCAGUGGGUGGACCAACAGAACGCCCACCUACAGGAACAAGGCUAUAACUUUGUACCAGGAAUGAAUCCAAGGGCAGGCAACUUUCCACCAUCUGGAAAUCCUGGAAAUCCAGGAAUGAUGGGGCCUUGGCCACAGGGUGGUGGGCCUCCUCAGUCCUCAUCUCCAAUGAACUAUCCCAUGAUGCCUGAUGGCAUGCCCUUUGACCCAGAAAUGAUGGCUAUGAUGGGAAAUCCACACCUUACCAAUCCUAAUCUGUUGCAGCAGAAGGUACCAAAUGAGAACUUAACUCCUGAACAACUGAAACGAAGAGAGGAACAUUUAACAAGUUUACGGAAAAUACAGAUGAUGUUAUUCCCUGAACAGCAAAGACAGCAACAGUUUGGGGGACAAAUGCCAAAUUCAGGUCCUGGAGGUGAAAUGAUGCCAGAAGAAAUGCAUCAACAAAUGAUGCAACAACAGCAGAGUAUGAUGUCAUCACCCCACGGUCCAAUGAUGACGUCUCAGGAACAGAUGAUGAUGGGGUCACAAAACAAUGGUGGCAUGACCAGCUCACAACAACAGUUUAUGAUGUCCCAGGGUGGGCCAGGUCAGUUUGGUGGUCAGGGCCCUGGUCCAGGCUCUGGCCCCGGGGGAUCAGGUCCAGGUUCAGGUCCUGGAGGACCUGGGCCCCCUGGGCACCCAGGUUAUGGUCCACACAAUAUGCAGAACAUGACACCAGCUCAGCGUGAAUGGCUACGACUGCAACAAGAAUAUUACAUGGAAAAGCGACGACACCAACAGCAACAAAUUGCUCAAAGAAUGGGGGGUCAACCUCCCAAUAUGGAGAUGCCAGGGGCCAGCCCAGGCGCACCACCCUCCUAUUACAGCACUAUGGCUCAAAAGAGAGGAGGAAGUGGUGGAAUGUCUACCUCACCAAAUACAAACGGCCCUAUAGGAUCACCGCCAAUAAUGCCCCCUCAUGGUAUGGAUAUGCCCGAACACAUGGGCUUGUUCCCGCCAUCUGCUGCUCAACGAAGAUCAUCUCUCUCCUCCAUGGAACAACAGUCACAGAUGGGUAUGAUGAGCCCUAUAUUGAGUCCGAGUAUGCCCCCUGGGGCAGGUAUGAACUUUGAUAAGGCCAUGAUGUCGCAUGGCCCCGGUGGACCUGGUUGCCCUGUAGGCCCUGGAGGCCCAGCAGGUGUGGAAGGCGGUGGUGGGGCGCCGCCUCACAUGCACCCAGGUCAACCUGGAGGAGGACCAAUUCAAAACAAGAAAAAUAUGCAGGGUGUACCAAGGGCAGGCCACCCUGAACAGUUCAUGCAACGUGCUGGAAACCCAGAACAUUUUGUGCAAAGGGCUGGACAUCCAGAACAAUUCAUGCAACGUGCUGGAAACCCUGAACAAUUUGUGCAAAGGGCUGGCAACCCUGAACAGUUUCAUCCAGAAAUGGCGGCUCGUUCUCCUUCACGAACUUUAAGUGGCUCAAGUAAACCACCCCCUAGCUAUGCACAAGCGCAGAAAAGGAAACGUGACGACAUGGAAGAGUUGUAUAAAAAUCUUCAACCAACACCUUCUCCUCAACAAAUUAAUUACCUCAAUCAGUUUGAAGGACAAGAAUUGACUAUAACUAAACAUCUUAAUGCAGCAUAUCGUGAACCUAAUAAUCCCUCUGACCAGUCCCAUCCCAACGCCCCAUUUCCCUCAAAUCAGGUUGCCCAUUCACCCAUGCAUGGUCCGAGCUCCAACAAGGGGCCCAUGUCCAAUUCCAGCCAGAACUCAAGUGGGGGCCCACUAUCCAGUCCGGGGCCUGUCAAUGGUCCUGGACCCAGCCCCAUGUCCGGUGCCAACAUGAGACUUUCACAUUUUGACCCGCCAUCGAAUAACAACAGUGUGUCUAGUGCGCCAGCAACACCCACAUCUAAGGCAUCAUCCAUGUCCAACAUCACAUCUGCUAGUCUGGCCAAUCUGGCCAAGGGAGUAGAACAUUUGUCAAACCAAAUGCAGCAAAACAUGAUGCAAGGAGGACCAUUUCACAGUAUUCAGAUGCAGGGUCAGCAGGUAGGGUGUAGUGCGUCAUCACAGUCGACUAGUAAUCAGCCCUCUGUGUCAACCUCAACAGAGAUGAGCUCUCAGACACAGACCACACCCAGUGUCAACAACACUUAUGUGAAUGCCACCAUGUCCAUACAACAGUUAAACAUUCAGAGUGUGGGACCCCAUUCUGGGCCCAACUACAACCCGAACAUGCAAGUGCAGCAAAUGAAUAUGGAGCAACAACAAAUGCAGGGUAUGCCUGGUCCGCCCAACGGACCAGGCCCUAACUCAAGUGGUAUGCAAAGUGGCAUGCCCAGUGGUAAUCCUGGUGGCAUGCCCGGUGGUAAUCCUGGUGGCAUGCCCGGUGGUAACCCUGGUGGCAUGCCCGGCGGUAACCCUGGUGGCAUUCCUGGCGGUAACCCUGGUGGCAUGCCCGGCGGUAACCCUGGUGGCAUGCCCGGCGGUAACCCUGGUGGCAUGCCCGGCGGUAACCCUGGUGGCAUGCCCGGCGGUAACCCUGGUGGUAUGCCCGGCGGUAACCCAGGUGGUAUGCCCGGCGGUAACCCUGGUAACAUGCCCGGUGGUAACCCUGGUAACAUGCCCGGUGGUAACCCUGGUAACAUGCCCAGUGGUAACCCUGGUAACAUGCCCAGUGGUAACCUUGGUGGCAUGCCCAGUGGUAACCCUAGUAACAUGCCCAGUGGUAACCCUGGUAACAUGCCUGGGGGUCCACAAGGACCUGGAAUGGCAUCGGCAGCUUCUGUUUCCAUGUCACAGACACAGUCAAUGAUGACAGGAAACAGUUCUCACUCAGGCAUGGGCAAGGCACCCCAGCCCUUCCCUGGAGGUCCCGCCUCAUCUCAAAUGAGUAGUGGCCCAGCUAGUGUUCAUUCAGGACCUGCAAAUGGCCCCGGUGCCCCACUACACAGUGGUACUGGGGGCCGUCCACAUAGAGCUGGGUCAGGGGGGCCUAACACAGGAGCCCCAAUGAUGCAGCAACAGCAGCCAUCUCAGCAACAAUCACAUCCUGGUGCAAGACCAACCUCGCCUAGUUUUACUAAUGCACCAUGUUCUAUGGGGAACGCUAAUGUACAAAUACAAGCCAAAGCUCCUAAUACCAUUCAGUAUCUUCCUGCUCAUCCGCCAUCAACACAGCAAAGUAUGCAAUCACAGAAACGACCAGAUCUGGAGUUCAUGCAGAGGUUCGCGGCUCCAAUGAGCAAUAUGGAUAAUAAAGUUCCGACAUCAAAAAUGCAAUACUUUCCACAGCCUCCAGGAAUAGCUGGAGAAAGACAUUCACAUUCACCGUUUGGUAACCAUGGGGGACCCAUGGGGCCAGGAGGAAUGCCACAGGGUAUGAUGCCAAUGAGAGGAGGCAGCCGAGGGGAAUUCCCUCCCAACAUGAGUGGUGGACAAAUGGGACCUAUGAGUGGAAUGGGAAGUCCAGACCCCAUGGGAGGCCCAAUGAAUAAUUCUAUGGGACCCAUGGGAAAUAGUAAUGUGUUGCCAGGAAAUAUGCCAUCGGAGCCUCAAAUGAUGCCUGGUGGUAUGGGCAUGGGUGGUGAAGGCAUGAUGCCCAUGGACGGAAUGCCACAUUCUAUGGGAAUGCCACACCCAAAUUCUCCGCCAUUCAUGGAAAAUCGUGAAUCAAUGAUGAGCAAUAGUAUGAUGCAAGGACCUUCACACAUGUCCCAGCGGGGCCAUGGACCUAUGAUAGGCAUGGGACCCGGCAGUGGAGACAUGAUGCCAGGGGCACCAGGAUCGCGAAUGCCAGAAAUGGGCAAUUAUGGACCCAAUAUGUCAAGACAACAAAAUCCAGGUGGCAUGAGAAUGCCAGGCCCAGGAAAUCCAAAUAUGCCCUCUCAUCACGGACUUGGUCCGGGACCCGGGAUGAGUGGGGGCAUGGACCCAAGGGCAGGGCCAUGUAACCCUGCCUAUAGUGCACAAUAUCAACAGUUUCAGCAACAGUUAUAUUCUCAAGGUCGGUCACGUCAGAUGUCACCCAUGGGGGGGAUGAUGCCUGGGGGGCCAGGCCAACAGUAUAUGAACAUGUGAGGGGGACAAGACCUUAUAGGCAAAACUGUUCAUCUGAAGCAUUGUGAUAAUUCAUCAACGUAAAACUCAUUAGUAUUUACAUUUUAUUUUAUUGCAUCGGAACAAAGUUUAUUGUUUCAUAAUUAUGUGUGUGUAGUGGAAUGGAAUGAUAGUGAAUCGAUGAUUUCAUUUUGUCAGAACUGCCCUUCCCUAUAUUGUUUUGGUCACCUGGAUAUGUUACAGGGCGAUUGUGGUGGUACUAUGGGGUACAGCUAACAUAUCACACAUUUGAUGAUGAAAUCUGAUUUUGCAAUAAGAGACAAGUUAAAUGAUAUGUUGAAUUUUUCAGUGUGAGAUCAAUCUAAAAAAACUCAAUAUACAAUCAAAGGUUGAAAUUAAAAAUGAAAAUUACAGUAUAUUAUGAAACAUUGCAAGAGCAAGAAGUAUCUUGAAUGGAUCAACAUACAAGGUUUAGUGAAUAUAUAGUUCUUUCUUCAUAGCAGGACAAAUGUUUUUUAGGUAAGAGAUAUGAAGUAAGACAAAAUUUUCUUUUCCUUUUUUUUUUUUUAAAUUCUCACUUUUGUGAAUUGAUGUCCUCUAUAACUUACAUUUUAAAUCUUUUCUAUAAAGAAUGGUUAUGAGAUAUUUUUUACAUAAACCAAAGUUUUCCUUUAUACUAAAAGUGCAUAUGAUACACACGUAAGUAUUUUGUAUGUUAAAAUUAUUCGUGUGAUUUUUACAUUUUGUUCAUAGAUUUUGUGUGAAUCUUAUAUUGUCAUUAUCUUUUGAAUAUGCCAUGUUUUUAAAGUUUUUUCCUUCUUGUAAAUUCAAAGGAUAUUUUAGUCCUUCUCUUUGAGAGAAUAUGUACAAAGCAUUUAUUUUGAAUAUCUUCUCAGAAAUAAAGUUAAAAAUGAUUAAAAUUGAAAAGUGGUUUCUAUAUGUAUAAGAGUGCAAUAGAGUCUGCCUUGAUCAAAUUUAUUUUAUUUUAUUUCUUUCCCAACCAUUAACUUUUUCAAAAUGUGCUUUCUGACUUGGAGUUUAAAUCAAAGUGAGAUCUUCCCUUUCACAGUGAAGUAAUACAUGCAUGAGAAACCAUGACUUAGAUAUCUCAGUAUAAGGGGAGUAACUCUUGUAAACAUUUUACUGGACUUACCAUAGAUGACAGGCACCGGUCUAAAUACAGUCUAAAUACUCCCAAUAUACAGUUGUAUACAUUGGGUGUAUUGACUGAAGAGGCGAGUGCCUGUGCCAUAGACAUAGUAAUCUUAAAACCUUUUUUCCCCCUAAUGUCUUCGAAUUGCAGGCUAGCUAAAGGUUACCAUCCCACUGAUUACACAACCAUUCCAAAUUAGAAGUUAGGUUCACAUUGAUCUUCGGGAAUAUUUCAUUGAUUAGAAAUUAUCAAAUAUAGUACAUGUAUACAAUAUUGUCGGUUAUUCAGGGUUUUUGGGGUUUUUCCUCAAUAUCAAAUUAGUUUAAACUUUUCUAUUAUACUUGCCAAGUUCUUGGAAUGUCCAUUAAGGAGAUUGAUAAUUUCAAACCUAAGAAAAGUACAUUUGUACAUGUGUAUUUCUCAUUGCAAUGCAUAAAAUAUAAACAUUGAUGAAUUAAUGCCUUAAACAGCUGGGUUUUUUUUAUUUUUUUUUUCUGGUAACUAAUUGUCAUUUUGAAACUAAUUGAAAGAUAAAUUAUAUGCAAUGAUUAUUCAUGUCUAAAAUUUGGGUUACGGUAGUUUCCUCCAAAAUGUUAUGAACAUUUUUUUUGACGUGUUUUAGACCUGUGGAUUUUGGCCAUAAUGUGUAGCAACUAACCCAAGUAACGCGGCUGUAACCUCUUAAAAUUUUGUUGCACUCCUUCGUAGAUUGACAAUAGAUGUUAAUGUUUUAUUUUGUAGAUUUCAAUGAGAAAUACACAUGAAAUUACAUAUAGAUUACUGAUAAUAAAAUAUUAAUUAUCAUGAUUACUGAAAAUAAAAUAUUAAUUAUCAUGAUUACUGAUAAUAGGUCAUUAAUUAUCAUGAUUACUGAUAAUAAAAUAUUAAUUAUCAUGAUUACUGAUAAUAAAAUAUUAAUUAUCAUGAUUACUGAUAACAGAACAUUAAUUAUCAUGAUUCAAUAUAGCCCAACUCCACUUCAAUCCUCUCUUAGACUAAUAAAGUAAAUGUAAUAAUAUCCAGCAAGUGAUAUUGUUUUAACAAUUAGGAAACCAGUAAUACUGUGUCACGUUUAGUAGUUCAGUAGGACACAAGUCGUGCAAUACGAGGAUGAGUAUAAAAGGGUAAAAUAUUUAAACAACUUUAAAGUGGUACAUCUUAAUAAUUCUGUCUCUUCAUAUGUAUCUGAACAAAUAAUCUUAGUUGAAUGCAAUGAAUAAAAGUAUCGUUCUGAUUGAUCAAUUAUAAAAAUGCUAUCUUAAACAUUGUCUGUUGAACAUUUUAUAUCGAACAGUGUGGACGGUAGUAGUUAGGUAUUAGAGUUUUUUCUUAUCAAUUAAUUCCUUAGAAUUCAAAGAGUUAAAUUCUUCGAUACUUUGAACAUUUCCCAGCAUUACCACAGUUAAGCUUUUCCAAAGAUUUAUGAAUGUAGACUUUGACCUGGUUCUGGGCCAGUCUGAACUAUAUAUUUCACAUACCGGUAAGUUGAAGUUAACCGUUAUGAAACCUAAAUUAAAAGUAGACAAGAUGAUUUAAUCAGAAAUUAGGCAAAGACUAUACAGGUUUUCAGGUUUAAUUAUAUUUAUGUAUUGAGGACCACUUGUACAGUAUAAAAAGCUUUAGUCAUUGAUAUAAGGACAGGGGAUAGAGAAAGUGGGUCUCUUUAGAUAAAUGGAUAUACAUGUACAUCCUUUGUACAAGUAAGUCUACACCCCAUCCUUACAUUUUACCAAAUUAAUUUUUACCGCUGAUUUUUGUAAGUGUUUUGGAGAAAGAAAGUUUUAAUUUAUACAUUUUAGUUUUAAUUACCCUCAGUGUGAUCGUUUUUUUUUUUUUUUUUUUUUUUAAGAAUAUUUUCACAACUUUUCAUAUCAAAGACAUACAACCGAUGUUUGCUUUUUUCUGUCUUUCCCCCCAUUAUAUUUUGUCAAAAUGUUUUAAGGAUGUAUGGGAAGAAAACAUGACCUUUGAACUUUGAAGAUCAAAGCUGCUCAGAGAAAAUGUGCCGAGAAUAAUAUUUAGGUAAAAUUGUAUAUGGUGAUUUGUAUGCCUGACCGAAUGACUGAAUAAAUGUAUAUGUUGAAAUGUAUGAGUGACUAUAUUUUCAAAAUGACAAAACUAUGUGGCUUAAAUAUUGAAUUUGAUUCAAUUAUCACAUGAAUGAAAGAUAUAUAAAUAUAUAUAUAUACACUAUAUAGGAAAUAUUAUGAUUACAUUUUCUCUUCUUUUUAAAACAAAUUCAAGUGUCAAUUUUAAUUAAAACUAAAGGUUGUACCAUGUACUUUUUUUCUUUAAUUAAAAGAAGAAAAAAAAUGUGUAUAUUGUAUGAUAUGUGUAUACUUAGUACAGCCUGUAGAUAUCGGUAGGACUUCUAGACAAGUUCAGUGCAUAGCCUCUUUCUGCCAGGAUUUCUAAAUGAGCAGCAUCAAUUCAUUUCUCAUUUCAUGGAAUAUUUUUCAUUUUUUAUUCCUGGUAGUAAAAGGCCAUACUAUUCUCAGAAGGCAGAUAAAAUGGUGAAAUUCUAUUUUUGAUAUAUUUUAUAUAUUUAUGACUGCUGACCGAGGAAGCACGAGAUGGAGCAAUACUCUGGCCAGUAUUGUCACCAUCAGCAGCUGUAUAAUGUGAAACAUCCCUGGUUACUCCGCGGGUUUGGAAGUCAAACAUCCUUGUCAGUUUAAAAUUUUGUGGUCAGCCUUUCCAACUAUUAUAUAUAUUAAAGUUGUAUAGAUUUUUGACGUAAUCAUGACAACUGUCUGGGUUACAUGACAACCGUCAGGGUUACCCCACAGGGAAGUUUUAUGUUAUAUAGUUAAUUUUGUAUUGGAAUAGCAUGUGAAAUUCAAUGGAUUUUACUACCAUAUUAUAUCAGUCUGCCAGCUGAGACCCAUUGUACUGGUUAAAAUGUCAUUAAAAUGGGAAAUCAUUUCUAA